UAUGAAUUUGUGUGUUAUCGGCGCUGUGCCUCCUUCAAAUCCUUUACAGCGAAGCCAACAGCCGCCAUUAUUAGGUGCCAGUUCAGCAUUCCGAUCUGCAAUUAUUCGCUUCAUUCUCAUUCUCAUCCAACAACUUCACAGAUCUACUUCCGUUUCGAUUCAUCAUUCUUCGAUUGUGGUUAGGGUUCACAACACAAAAUGGGGGAACUGGUUCCAAUCUACUUGUACAUCAUCGCUUUCUUUUGCACAAGUGGAGCUGUUACCUUAGCGUUGCUACACAUUUAUAAGCACCUUCAAAAUUAUACCGAGCCCACUUACCAGCGGUUCAUUGUUCGGAUCGUUUUUAUGGUGCCGGUUUAUGCGUUAAUGUCAUUCUUGUCCCUUGUUCUACCUGGGAGUUCAAUCUAUUUUAACUCCAUCCGGGAAGUUUAUGAAGCUUGGGUCAUUUAUAAUUUCCUAUCAUUAUGUCUCGCAUGGGUUGGUGGUCCUGGAGCAGUGGUCAUAAGUUUAAGUGGUCGUGUUCUGAAGCCAUCAUGGUUUCUGAUGACUUGUUGCUUGCCUCCUAUACCACUGGAUGGGCGCUUUAUACGUAAAUGCAAGCAAGGGUGUUUGCAGUUUGUGAUUUUGAAGCCCAUUUUAGUUGCUGUUACACUUAUACUUUAUGCAAAGGGGAAAUAUAAGGAUGGCAAUUUCAGUCCAAAGCAAUCUUACUUGUACCUUACAAUCAUAUAUACAUUCUCAUACACAAUGGCUCUCUAUGCUCUAGCUUUGUUUUAUUUGGCAUGCAAGGAUCUGCUUUAUCCAUUCAAUCCAGUCCCAAAGUUUAUCAUAAUAAAAUCUGUUGUAUUCCUGACUUAUUGGCAGGGUGUCUUAGUCUUCCUUGCUGCAAAGUCGGAAUUCGUUAAGGAUGCAGAUGAAGCUGCUCUACUUCAAAAUUUUAUCAUCUGUGUUGAGAUGCUUAUUGCUGCUGUGGGCCACUUUUAUGCAUUCCCAUACAAAGACUAUGCCGGUGCUAACAUAGGUGGAUCCCGUGGUUUGACAGCUAGCCUUGCUCAUGCUUUGAAGUUAAAUGACUUUUACCACGAUACAGUCCAUCAGUUUGCACCAACAUAUCAUGAUUAUGUUCUCUACAACCACAGUGAAAAUGAAGAGGGAACAAGGAAGUAUAGGUCACGAACUUUUGUUCCAAUUGGCCCAGAGAUGGAUACUGUGAGAAGAAAUAAGCAUAUGUUAGGAACCAAGAUAGAUGACAUACAGCUCUCAGGUUUCUCUUCUUCUAAUAGUAGCACUCCCUCAAAUUCUGAUCCCAUCUCCGAUGCUUCGCAUUCUGGUGCAAUGAAAUCUUCCUUACUUGUGGAUGUGUCAAAUUCUGUAUCUGUGCCAUACGAUUUGACGCUUAUUGAUUUGGAUGCAUCCAAUUACCCUGAAAAAGUUCCUGCAGCUGAUAAAGCUGGUACUAGGUGACCUUGAACAACGUUCAGAGCUAAGUUAGUGGGAAAAUUGUCAUUGCCGAAGAGAGAAGAGGAGACUAAGAGGGGCAUCCAUCGUCUUUUCUAUUCUAGGAGAGAAUUAAGAGCCAAGUGUGGUUUGUUUGAUUCCAGGAAAGAAUUUAAGCAGAUCUGGCGCAAUGUUUGUGUUGAUGUAGCUUAAAGGCCGCCGUAAUCGAUCCCCAGCAAACCGAUCCUCGAUUGUCCUCAGUUUUCGUACUGUAUUUGUCUCCAUUGAGUGUGUACAGUGUGCACAUUAUAGAUACAAAACUCGAUGGCAUACUUCAAACAUGACAUACCGAGUGAAUAUGAAUUAGAACUAAACUAAUUGAUUGAUUCUUUUCUCCUUUGCAACUUGAACAUAACGAUUACCGUUAGGUUUCAUAGAAUGUCAUUA